AGAGGGCAUUAAGGAGGAAAGCAGGGAGUAUCAAUGACAUCAACCACCAGUAUCUACGGCCGCGCGACCAGCGAUGCUCCCCCGGCAGCAGGGCUGUUCGCCGUGACCCGCGGUGGUCCCGAGAAGUCGACCGGGUAGUUGCAGAACGUCGGCGAUGUGCGCAUCGUUGCCAAAGGCAGAUCCUUGAGGGGGAAACUCUGGAUUUACCUGCUAUUUUCCGUGUUUCCGAGGGCGCUUCGAGUUGCAGACCUAUCCCACAUGCAUUCACCUGCCAGCGCAGAGGACGGGGCACUUCCUACCAAGCGUGUCUACCCCUGUUGAGUGACACCCUGCCCCCCUAAUAUCCUUGAUCUCCGAUCAACCCGCAGCGGUACCAUGUCUCAGCCCAGGCCAGGUGGAAUGCAACCCAUGUCCGAGAGGCUCAUCUCAGGGCACCACUUCUCCUCCCUCUCUCCUCCCCGUCUGCUGCUGCCCGUGGUCCUCUUGAUAACUGCCUCUCUGAGCAGCGUGUGUGAAGCCUUAGCCUCUCCAAAGUUCACCAAGAUUCCCACUGACCAGAUCGGGGUGUCGGGGGGCGUAGCCUCAUUUGUGUGCCAGGCCACUGGUGAUCCCAAGCCUGUAGUCAACUGGAACAAGAAGGGCAAGAAGGUCAACUCCCAGCGCAUCGAGACUGUAGAGUUUGAUGAGGGUGCAGGGGCCGUGCUGAGGAUCCAGCCGCUCAGAGCGCCUAGAGAUGAGAACAUCUAUGAGUGUGUGGCACGCAACAGCGAGGGAGAGGUCGCUGUCACUGCAAAGCUGGCUAUCAUCAGAGAGGACCUGUUGCCGUUUGGCUUCCCCAGUAUAGAUAUGGGUCCCCAGCUGAAGGUGGUAGAAAGGACGAGGACAGCCACCAUGCUGUGUGCUGCCAGCGGGAUCCCUGACCCCGAGAUCUCCUGGUUUAAAGACUUCCUGCCUGUUGACCCCAGUUACAGCCAGGGCCGCAUCAAACAGCUCCGCUCAGUUUCACUGGGGGGACCUCCGAGCAGAGGAGCGUUGCAGAUAGAGAACAGCGAGGAGACAGACCAAGGGAAGUAUGAAUGUGUGGCCACCAACUCUCAAGGUGUGCGCUACUCUUCUCCUGCCAACCUAUACGUGCGAGAGCUUCGAGAAGUGCGCCGCGUGCCCCCUCGUUUCUCCAUCCUCCCCCUCAAUCAUGAGAUCAUGCCCGGAGGGAGCGUCAACAUCACCUGUGUGGCGGUGGGUUCACCCAUGCCCUAUGUCAAAUGGAUGCUGGGCAGUGAGGACCUGACGCCAGAGGACGAAAUGCCGAUUGGCCGCAACGUUCUGGAGCUCAAUGGCGUGCGGGAGUCUGCCAACUACACCUGCGUGGCCAUGAGCAGCCUGGGCAUCAUCGAGGCCACCGCUCAGGUCUCCGUCAAGACUUUGCCAAAGCCCCCUGGCACGCCUAUAGUCACAGAGACCACGGCCACCAGUGUGACCAUCACCUGGGACUCUGGCAACCCUGAUCCCGUCUCCUAUUACAUCAUCCAGUACCGCGCCAAGGCCCCUGACAGCAAGUAUGAGACGGUGGACAGCAUCACCACCACCCGCUACAGCAUCGGGGGGCUGUACCCAAAUACAGAGUAUGAGAUCCGAGUGUCAGCCUUCAACAGCAUCGGUCAGGGGCCGCCAUCUAUGCGUGUGGAGGCCCGCACCGGGGAGCAAGCCCCAGCUAGCCCACCCAGAAAUGUCCAAGCCCGAAUCAUUUCCCAAAACACUGUGAUGGUCCGCUGGGAGGAACCAGAAGAGCCCAAUGGACAGGUGAAGGGCUAUCGUGUGUACUACACCAUGGAUCCAUCGCGGCCGAUGAACGAGUGGCAGAUCCAUAAUGUCCUGGACAGUGUGAUCACCACCAUCCAGAAUCUGGUACCCUCAGAGACCUACACUGUCCAGGUACUGGCCUUCACAUCUGUAGGGGACGGACCUUUUUCUGAUCCGGUCCAUGUCAAAGUCAUGCCUGGAGUUCCAGGUCAGCCGGGGAAGUUCAAAGUUGGAAGAGUGACAGACACGAGCAUCGAGCUGACCUGGGAGCCCGCUUAUACUAAAGAGGGCAUCGUCAACUACGAGCUGCUCUACAAGCCUGUCAAGUUUGGCAGUUUGGAGAAGCUGACCUUUGGGCCCAGGAAUUCUUACACGGUGGAGGGUUUGAAAGCCAACACAGAGUACUCCUUCUCCCUGGCCGCCAUCUCUAACAAAGGCAUUGGAGCUUUCACCAAUGAACUGGUCCAGAGGACGUCGCAGGCCAAGCCCUCAGCUGCACCCGAGGGUGUGUCCUGUGAGAGCGCCAGCUCUACCUCCGUGAGAGUAAGUUGGAAGCCGCCUCCAAUCGAAGGCCAGAAUGGCGUUUUGGCAGGUUAUGAGCUGAGCUACCAGAGGCUCUCUGGGGCCCGAGCUGAGGGUCACGGUCAAGAGAUGAAGAGCCUUCCUAUCCCCACCAAGCAGGGACAGACGGUGAUAGAGGGACUGGAGAAAUGGAGCUGGUACAAUAUUACUAUGGCAGCCUCCACUGCAGAGGGAAGUGGACCCUUGAGCCUGGCUGUGUUGUGCAGAACUGAUGAGGAUGUCCCUGGGGCUGCCCCUCGUCAGGUGGACGUGCGGCCACUGAACUCCUCGGCACUCAGAGUCACCUGGCGGUCGGUGUUACCGCGACUGCGGCAGGGCCAGAUUCGUGGUUACCAGGUGCACUACAGCCGCGUGGAGAGUGGCGAAUCACGAAGCCUGCCCUGGAUCAAAGACCUGCUGUUGGAUGACUCUCAGAUGGAGGAGGAUGACUCGACUCAGUAUGAGAUGAUUCUGGGAGGUCUGAAAGCAGAGACUCUGUACUCCAUCUCAGUGGCAGCCUACACAACCAAAGGGGACGGUACACACAGCAAAGCCAAGUUGGUGCAGACCCUAGGGAUCGUGCCUGGCCCCCCCUCCCUUUGGGUGCAUCCAGGAUCCGGUCCAUCUGCGCUGGUUCGAUGGGCUCCUCCUCUAGGGUGCUCUGAGUCAGGCUCUGAUAGUCAGGGGCCCCAAGUGGAAAUACAGGGAUACCGCCUACAGUUUGGCCCGAAGAACACCUCCUUAGACACCACAGUGGAUUUCACAGCUCGAGAAAAAAACUUCACUGUCAGUAACCUCUCCCCAGGCUCCUCCUACGUCUUUGUCUUCUCUGCUAAGAGCCGAGCAGGCUAUGGAGAUGUAGUGCGACAGGAAAUAGAAAUUCCUGAGUAUCUACCCUUGGGAUACCCUAAAAUAUCAGAAUUGGUCAAUGCCACUUGCUGCUCCCUCCAGCUUUCUUGGCUGCCCCCUUCCCCAGAAGAGUGCAAUGGCAUCAUCACAGAGUACACCCUAGCGUACCGAAAGGCAGAGGUCCUCAAACCCUCUGCUGCCCCAGCCCCAUCUAACCUACCUGCCCUACCUGCCCUCUCUGCUGCCUUGUGUCAGGUCAGGCUACCCGCCAGCGAGUCCAGCUACACCAUCCUGGGCCUCAACCACAGCACAGCCUAUGAGGUCCAGCUCAGGGCCCACACCAAAGUCGGGCCAGGCCCUUUCAGCCCGCCGCUGUUGUGCCAAACCCUGGCCUUAGAAACAGAUGUGCCAAGGAACUUCUCAGUCAAUCUGGCCACUAAGACCAGCGUCCUGCUGACCUGGGAGUUUCCAGAAAGUAGCAACCCCUAUCGCUUCACUGUGGAAUAUAACCGGCAGAAAAUGGAGGUGGACGCUCGUCUGAAGAAGGCGGUGAUCCCCAACCUGCAGCCUGACACCACCUACGACUUUAAAAUCACCUCUCCAGAGGGGAACAUGGGAGGCCUUCGCCACCGCAUCCACGCCAAGACCUCCCCGCCAAUCACCAUCCGCCGCCCAGAGAUUGAUCACACCCGUGAUACCGAGACCACUGUCACCAUUAUCCUGCCCUCGCUUGAGACUCGUACACCCGUCAAGAAUGUCUAUGUGGUGGUGGUUCCACUGAGGAGAGCAAGAGGCGUCAUCAGACACCUUAAGAGUCCGGAUGAAAUGGACCUAGAGGAGCUGUUAAAAGACAUCAGUCAGCGGCAGAGGGAUUCAAGGCAGCAGAAGCAGGUGGACCUGCGCCGGGCUUACAUCACAGCCCGCUUCACACCUGCCACCCUGCCAGCCUUUUUCACCCUGGGAGACCAGCUCGACUACGGCGGCUUUGAGAACCGAGCGUUGGAGGCGGGACAGGAGUAUGUCUUCUUCAUCCUGGCUGAACUCAACGCCACAACUGGGAAGAUGUAUGUGGCCAGCCCUUACACAGAUCCAGUUAUUGCUCCAGACUCAGACCCCCAACCCUUGGAUGCUGGGGACGGUCUGAUCUGGGUGGUGGGACCUGUCCUGGCUGUGGUCUUCAUCAUCUGCAUUGUGAUUGCCAUCCUCCUUUACAAGAAUAAGCGCAAGGAAUCUGAACCCGGCACCAAAAGCCUUUUGAAUAACGCUGAGAUGAUGGCCCACCACCCCACUGACCCUGUGGAGAUGAGACGCAUCAAUUUCCAGACACCAGGAAUGAUGAGCCAUCCUCCCAUCCCCAUUAGCGAUCUAGCUGAACACACUGAGCUGCUGAAAGCUAAUGACAACCUCAGGCUGUCUCAGGAAUACGAGUCGAUUGACCCUGGUCAGCAGUUCACCUGGGAGCACUCCAACCUGGAGGUCAACAAGCCGAAGAACCGUUACGCCAACGUCAUCGCCUACGACCACACCAGAGUCAUCCUGUCUCCGAUAGAGGGUAUCCUGGGUAGCGACUACAUCAACGCCAACUACAUUGACGGCUACAGGAAGCAGAAUGCUUACAUCGCUACCCAGGGUCCGCUAGCAGAGACGUUCGGGGACUUCUGGAGAAUGGUGUGGGAGCAGCGGGCGGCGUCUGUGGUCAUGAUGACACGUCUGGAGGAGAAGUCGCGCAUAAAAUGUGACCAAUACUGGCCGAGUCGUGGGACAGAGACCUACGGUAUGAUCCAGGUCACCCUAUUGGACACCAUGGAACUGGCCACAUUCUGCGUUCGCACCUUCUCCCUGCAUAAGAGUGGCAGCAGCGAGCGGAGGGAGGUGCGUCAGUUCCAGUUCACCGCCUGGCCGGAUCAUGGUGUUCCAGAGUACCCCACCCCCUUCCUGAACUUCCUUCGCAGGGUCAAAGCCUGCAACCCCCCGGACGCUGGUCCCAUCAUCGCUCACUGCAGUGCUGGUGUCGGUCGUACUGGCUGCUUCAUUGUCAUUGAUGCCAUGCUGGAGCGCAUUAGACACGAACGUGCUGUGGACAUCUAUGGCCACGUGACCCUGAUGCGCUCCCAGCGGAACUACAUGGUGCAGACAGAGGACCAGUACAGCUUCAUCCACGAGGCCCUGCUGGAGGCCGUGGCCUGUGGCAACACAGAGGUGGCUGCCAGGAGUCUGUACUCCUACAUGCAGAAACUGUCCCAGGUGGAGAGCGGGGAGCACGUCACCGGCAUGGAGCUGGAGUUCAAGCGACUGGCCAACACCAAAGCCCAUACAUCUCGGUUUGUCACAGCCAACCUGCCUUGCAACAAAUUCAAGAACCGACUCGUCAACAUCAUGCCCUACGAAACCACCCGUGUCUGUCUUCAGCCAAUUAGAGGCCUGGAGGGCUCUGAUUAUGUCAACGCCAGUUACAUUGACGGAUACAGACAGCAGAGAGGCUAUAUCGCCACCCAGGGUCCGCUGGCUGAGACUACAGAGGACUUCUGGAGGAUGCUUUGGGAGCACAACUCCACUAUAGUGGUCAUGCUCACAAAGCUGAGAGAGAUGGGACGGGAGAAGUGCCACCAGUACUGGCCCGCUGAGCGCUCAGCUAGGUACCAGUACUUUGUGGUCGACCCCAUGGCCGAGUACAACAUGCCCCAGUACAUCCUUCGAGAGUUCAAAGUCACAGAUGCCAGGGACGGCCAAUCCCGGACGGUCCGUCAGUUCCAGUUCACUGACUGGCCCGAGCAAGGGGUGCCCAAGUCUGGAGAGGGCUUCAUCGAUUUCAUUGGCCAGGUGCACAAAACAAAGGAGCAGUUUGGCCAGGAUGGACCAAUCACCGUUCACUGCAGUGCUGGCGUGGGGCGGACCGGUGUCUUCAUCACUCUGAGUAUUGUACUGGAGAGGAUGCGCUAUGAAGGAGCCGUGGACAUCUUCCAGACUGUCAAAAUGCUGCGGACACAGAGACCAGCGAUGGUGCAGACUGAGGACGAGUACCAGUUCUGCUACCAGGCUGCUCUGGAGUACCUUGGUAGCUUCGACCACUAUGCAACAUAGGUGAAGACGGGAACCAUCCCUCCAUCCUUUUUUGCUCGGAGGUCCACAAAACAAACGCGUAACCAGGAGAGAGAACGUCUGAAAUAACAUUAAGAAUAAGAGGGGAGAGAUUCAAGGACGAAUUCGGCACCAACUAGGACAAAAUCACCAACAAAAAGCAACAAGAACUCUAUGUCCAAGGGCACCCAGCUCAACAGGAUGUUCCCUGAAGAGCCCGUGGGUGUGGAGACUAUCCAUGUGUAAUCCAUAUACUUACCUCAGUGUUCCAGUGUGAAGGACAUAUAAUACCUGUGUGUGUUGUGGUCAGCUAUCUCCAAUAUGAACCAGUGAAAAACAAACUGCUACUGAACAGGAAUUAAGGUACAAUGUGUGUAUAAAAUUAUUAUUAUAAAAAAAAAAGAUUACACAAAGAGCCUGGAUAUUUGCUGCACCCGAAAUGGGCUUUUUAUCCUCAACUUUGUAUCUAUUGGUUUGGUGUACUAGGAGAUUACGAGGCGUAAUUUCUCUGUGUCUGUGAGUCUGUUUCAGAGGUGUCUACUGCCUCCGCAGCUAGUUCUGAGCGUAGUUUUCUGCAGAUGACAGGUUUUUGCCUCAGCAGAGGACCAUGGACGUAACUUAACCACCCUGGGGACCUGUCUGAGAAGCAUGUGAUGGAUGCUUAUUUUCCCACAGUGCCAAGAGAAAUCACACCAUUCUGGGGCAGACCGAUCAUGAACAUCAACCCGUAAAGGAGAGUUGGACCGCUCUCUCGCUCGCUCUCUCUCUCUCUCUCUCUCUCUCUCUCUCUCUCUCUCUCUCUCUCUCUCUCUCUCU